AAUCAGGUUCGCCCUGCUGGGCCGCCUCGCGCGCAUAGAGUGUAUAUCGCGCGGGCGGUGAGCGCCGCAUUUCAGCACCUGGGAGCUGUCCGUGCUGCACGAGCCCGGAGUCAACAGACGGUUGAAAAUGGCCAAAGUGAAGCAGGUUGGCUUGCUGGUGGCCGGCUGUCAGCCCUGGAAUAAAGACGUGUGUGCUGCAAGUGGAGACCGUUUUGCCUACUGUGCUACUUUGGCCAUUUACAUUUACCAGCUGGACCAGCAAUACAAUGAAUUUAAGUUGAGAUCCAUCAUGUCAGAACAUAAGAAGACAAUAACAGCCAUCAGCUGGUGUCCUGACAACCUUGAUCUCUUUGCAUCAGCAUCAGCUGAUAACCUGCUCAUCAUAUGGAAUGUUGCAGAACAAAAGGCUGUCGCGAGGCUCGAUAACACUAAAGGCGUCCCAGCUUCAGUCAGUUGGUGCUGGAACUCGGCAGACGGAGUGGCGUUUGUGUCCCAGCGGGGCCCGCUGUAUAUCUGGGUCUAUGGAGGCCCUGAUACAGGGGUCACGAUGCACAAAGAAGCACACUCCUUCCUUUGUGAUAUCUGUCUCUUUAGGUGGCAUCCCACCAAAAAGGGCAAGCUAGUGUUUGGGCAUACGGACGGAAGUUUGUCUAUAUUUCAGCCAGGUUGUAAGAGCCAAAAACACGUGUUGCGUCCUGAGUCUUUAGAAGGGACAGACGAAGAGGAUCCAAUUAGUGCUCUGGAGUGGGACCCCUUGUCCACCGACUAUUUACUAGUGUCUAACCUCCAUAAUGGUAUCAGGCUGGUGGACAGUGAGGCUUUGGCUUGUAUCACGUCCUUCUGCUUCCCCUCAGCUGCUGCCUCGGUUCAGUGUCUUGCCUGGGUUCCAUCUGCGCCAGGCAUGUUCAUCACUGGAGACUCUCAAGUUGGAGUUCUGAGGAUAUGGAAUGUGUCUCGCUCCACACCUCUGGACAGCUUUAAACUGAAGAAGACUGGGUUCCAUGCUUUGCACGUCCUGAACUCCCCUCUUGCAAAGAAAGCACCCAGUUCCUGUUCUCCCAGUAAAAGUCAGCACACCAGUUCCACCAGUGAAGCAGUACCUCCACCAACCCUUUCACAGAACCUGUCCUUUUCUCUACCUCCUGGCCACGCUGUCUGCUGCUUCAUGGACGGAGGCGUUGGACUCUACGACAUGGGAGCCAAGAAGUGGGACUUCCUCAGAGACUUGGGUCAUGUAGAAACCAUCUUUGACUGCAAGUUUAAGCCAGAUGAUCCCAAUUUGCUGGCCACAGCUAGUUUUGACGGGACCAUCAAAAUCUGGGACACAAACACGCUAACAGCCGUGUACACCUCUCCUGGCAACGAAGGGGUGGUCUACUCCCUGUCCUGGGCUCCAGGAGACCUGAAUUGCAUUGCAGGGGCAACUUCUCGAAAUGGAGCGUUCAUCUGGGACAUCAGGAAAGGAAAGAUCAUCACUCGCUUUAAUGAGCACGGUAAGAAUGGAAUAUUCUGUAUUUCAUGGAGUCAUAAGGACUCCAAGAGGAUUGCUACCUGCAGUGGAGAUGGAUUUUGUAUCAUCCGGACCAUUGAUGGUAAAAUCCUGCACAGGUAUAAACACCCUGCAGCUGUGUUUGGCUGUGACUGGAGCCAGAACAAUAAGGAUAUGAUAGCCACGGGCUGUGAAGAUAAAAAUGUUCGAGUCUAUUACUUGGCCACCAGUUCGGACCAGCCUCUAAAAGUCUUCACUGGCCACUUAGCCAAAGUGUUCCAUGUUCGGUGGUCUCCACUCAGAGAGGGAAUACUGUGUUCUGGAUCAGAUGAUGGUACUGUUCGUAUAUGGGACUACACACAGGACGCAUGCAUCAAUGUGCUGAGCGGGCACACAGCUCCAGUCAGAGGCUUGAUGUGGAACACAGAGGUUCCUUACCUCCUUAUUUCAGGGUCAUGGGAUUAUACAAUCCGAGUGUGGGAUACAAGAGAUGGCACCUGUCUUGAUGUGGUCUAUGAUCACGGAGCUGAUGUUUAUGGUUUGACGUGUCAUCAGAACCGUCCGUUCACCAUGGCCAGCUGCAGCAGAGACAGCACAGUGAGGCUGUGGUCUCUCACACCCCUCAUCUCUCCGUUACUCCUGAACAUCCUCACUGACCAGCCGUGGGACAAGAUCAUAGGAAACACUGACACAGCUAUGGUUCCUGGCUCUCCACCUCUGCUCUGUGGUAAAGUGUCCAGAGACAUCAAACAAGAACUGGAUAAACUAAGUUUAGACAUCAGAUCCAAGAAGCUCCGUUGGUUCUCUGAAUGCUUUUUGCCUCCAGGGGGCAGCAGUAACCUGUGGGACUUGGUGUCUGUCAUAAAUGGCCAGGAUGACUCACUGCUACCAGCCAGCUACAGCAAGGGGGUGAUGCACAUGAAACACCUGCUGAAGUUUAAAACAUCUGAAGCCCAGGAGCUCACUAUAGUCAAGAUGUCCAAAUUUGGAGGUGGUAUCGGAACUCCCAGUAAAGAGGAGAGGCUGAAAGAGGCAGCACAUAUUCACCUGAGACUGGGACAGAUUCAGAGAUACUGUGAAUUAAUGGUGGAGCUGGGACAGUGGGACAAAGCAUUAUCUGUUGCACCUGGAGUCUCCAUGAAAUAUUGGAAGAAACUCAUGCAGAGGAGGGCUGACCAGCUGAUGGCUGAGGAUAAUGAUGACGCUAUACCGUACUGCAUCGCGACAGGAGACAUUAAAAAACUUGUAAAUUUCUUCACUAGCAGAGGACAACUACUGGAAGCACUGCUAAUAGCACAGGGAGCGUAUGAAGGGAACAUCCGUGCACAACAGAGCUCCUCAGUCAAUCACACAUCUAAUGAUUUGGAUAACAGACAACAGUACCAGGGUCUCCUGCAUAAAGUUUGUAACGAACUGGCCGAGUGGUACUUCCAGGAUGGCUGCUGUGUCCUGGCAGCAUGCUGCCACCUAGCUGUGGACAACAUCCAGUUAGCCAUGUCAAGUCUGAUACGCGGUAAUGAGCUGGAGUUAGCUGCAUGUGUAGGUAUCGUGCUGGGAGAUGCAGCCAAUCAGAGCACUGCCUAUUGCCUUGAACUUUUGGCCAAGAAGUACAUGACCACGCCCACAUGGGAGCUCUCAGCAGACCUACUCGGUAUGAUUCCCGACAACCACAUCUUAUUGUCUAAGCUGUGUGCAUUUUAUCCAGGAAGUACCACAGAAAUCAACCAACUGCACGAAAGGUGUGGCUUCCCUUCAUUAGAAAAGUGUCAGGAUUUGGCAGAAGCAGCCACAUGUGAAGGAGAUCUGUUUUCUGCAGUUAAGUUCCACCUACUGAGCUCAGAACCCGAAAAUGCACUUCAGAUUGGCAUCAGUUACGUUAAAGAACAGCUGGUUGGAUCUGAUUGGACAGUGGACAGCGUCCAACCGAUCCUGGACCUGCUGAGUUACAUCAGAACUGAGCGCCUCAUCACAGCCAAGUUGACACAAGCCCGCAGUGAGCUGCUGAUCCUGUGUGGUUAUGUUGGAGCUCUGCUGGCCAUUAGAAGACAAUACUCCAACAUUGUUCCUGCACUCUACGAAUACACCAGUCAACUAUUGAAACGGAGGGAAGUUUGUGUUCCCCUGAAGAUUGAGCAGCUAUCUGUGGAGCUGGACGCCUGGCGAGCGUGCACGCACAGCAACGUUCCUCCAUCAGAGUGCCAAAGAGAAGAGUUCAGUCACCUUGAGAUGAAAAUGGUGCCAACAGACUCUGUGUUGGUCUUGUGUGGUGCUGAUUAUGUGACCGGCUCCAAUCUUCCCAGCCACUCUGACGUUCAGCUUUCCUGUUUCACUGGACACAGAAUACAGGGUCCAGUGUUUUUACUGGAAGAUGGUAAAUCAGCCAUCUCGCUCAAUGACGCUUUAAUGUGGGCGAAGGUCAAUCCCUUCUCUCCACUGGGAACAGGACUCCGCAUCAAUCCCUUCUAACAAGGAUGAAGUUCCAAAAAGAUGAGUCCGUAAGAGGUUGGAUGGGAAAUAUGGGGGGAAUGGAAUAAAAAUCUAACAAGUUUUCUGCUUCAAAUAAGUGGCCAACUGCAUCUGGUAAUUUAAAGAUUUGAAUUCUGUGUGAUGGUGAUCUUGAGUGAUUUCUUUCUGUAAGGAUUGUUCUUCUUUGGGUUAACUCCAUGGUAAAUCAACAAAUUUUAGAAAAUUUUCCCCACUGACCCAUCAGGGAUUUACUUCAGUACCACAAGUAAAUGACAUCACUGUACCCACCAAUGAGCCAGUGUUUCAAAGAGCUGAAUUUGAGAGAUUCAGUGACUUUUAAAUGUUCAUGUAUCCAUCCCCUCACUCGUCUAAA